AUGGCAAAGACUACUGUUGAAGAAAUAUAUAAAGCUUACGAGGAAAUCGACAAAGCCGGUUCCAAUUUUGAACAAGUCAAGAAAUCAUACGAGAUAGUAAUCUCUGGCGCGCAUGGCGAAAGUAACUGUAAGCGUCUCGCCGCACAAUUCAUUCCGCGAUUUUUUGGCAAAUUUCCAGACCUUAACGAGGCAGCCAUCGACGCCUUAUUUGAUCUGUGUGAGGAUACCGAUUUGAAUGUGCGAUUGACUGUUAUAAAAUACUUACCCAAUGUUGUCAAAGAAUCUGACAAGGUUGCGGUACGAAUAGCUGAUGCAUUAGUACAAUUACUACAAAAUGAAACGUCUCAGGAAAUAGCCGCCGUAAAGAAGGCAUUAGAGCAAGUAAUUCGGUUAUCACCUCGCGAUUCCAUUGUCGCCAUAUUUCAACAAUCAUUAAAGGGUUCCUCUGAAGUCCGUAACAGAACGAUUAAUUUUCUAUCCAAUGACUUAAAUCGAUUCAAAAACGAUCUAUUUGAGAAAGGAGAUGACGUUGAAGCCUGUUUUGCCAAUGAAGUGAAAAAAGCACUUCGUGACUCUACAUUGUCAGAAUUUGAGACGUUCCUAAAGAUGCUUUUAUCCCUCAAGAUGUAUCAAUUAGAGAAAAAGGAGAACCUGAAAGAAUUGAUAAAUGCAUUGAUUGAAUCGAUUGCUACCGAGAGCGAGGACCUUGAUCCUACUAACUAUGUAAAAGUUCAAAAGUUUAUUUUAUGCGGUAAAACACUAAUGCCAUAUUUUGAG